AUGUAUUCUUUUUCUGUCCAUCUAUCUAUCAAUUCUUUUUCUAUCAAUUCUUUUCCUUUCUAUCUAUCUACUUAUCUAUCAAUGUUUUUUCUAUCUAUCUAUUUAUGUAUCUAUUCUUUUCCAUCUAUCAAUUUUUUUAUCUAUGCUUUUUCUAUCUUAUUAUCCAUUUAUUCUUUUUCUGUUAAUUUAUCUAUCAAUUGUUCUUUCUUUCUUUCUUUCCAUCGUUUUUCUCUCUAUCAAUCUGUCUAUCAAUCAAUUCUAUCUAUCAUUUUUUCUAUCUAUCAUUUUUUCUAUCUAUCAUUUUGUGUAUCUAUUCUUUUUCUAUGUAUAUUUUUAUUUAUUUAUCUAUCAAUUCAUUUUCUGACUCUCGAUCCAUAUAUAUUUCAAUCUAUCUAUCUAUCUAUCUAUCUAUCUAUCUAUCUAUCUAUCUAUCUAUUGUUUUUCUGUGUAUCUAUUAAUUAUUUUUCUAUCUAUCCAUUCUUUUUCCAUGUAUCAAUCCUUUUUCUUUCUAUCUGUCAAUUCUUUCUUUGUUUCUAUCUAUCUAUCUAUCUAUCUAUCUAUCUAUCUAUCUAUCUGUCUGUCUGUCUGUCAAUCUAUAAAUAA